ACUCCGAGCAGACGGCACCUUAUAGCUGCCAGACGGGUCGGACGUCUCCCAAAGGAGCUCCUUCCAGGUAGACUCAUGCAUGAUGUCCGUCGUCUUCUCUCCCAACCUGCGUUGCCAACUGCCGGUCCUCCUAGUCGUCUUCCAGGGGGCCAUGCUGGUGGUUUUCAUACUGUUUGUGAACUACGAUGAGCAGACCAGCCGCCCGUCUCUCUCCAACACCACGGCAGCCAAAGAUAACCGGCUGUACGAAAUCUUUCCGCUCUUUAAAGACGUCAACGUGAUGCUUUUUGUGGGACUGGGGCUUAUGCUCUCGUUUCUGAAGUUCUACGGCUUUGGCGGCAUGGCCUUCAACUUCUUAAUAGCCAACUUCUCCGUUCAGUGGUCGUUGGUGGUUCAGGGCUUCUUUUACCACUACGGGGACGGGAAGAUCAGCCUGGGUCUGGAGAACGUUCUGAAUGCUGAGUUUGCCGCAGUUACCGCUAUGAUCUCCGCCGGUGCCAUCCUCGGCAGGGCCAGCCCCGUGCAGCUCCUUCUGCUGUGCCUGCUGGAGAUACCACUCUUCGUGAUCAACGACUGGCUCAUGAACGAGUAUUUCCACGUCAUGGACGUCGGCGGCACGGUUGCAAUCCAUAUCUUUUCAUGCUAUUUCGGGCUUGGGGUAUCCAGAAUUUUGUAUCGGCCAGAGCUGAAGUUGGGUCACCCAAAAGACACCACAAGCGCCAACUCUGACCUGCUGUCUCUCUUGGGCACGCUCUUCCUUUGGAUCUUCUGGCCAAGCUUCAACUCCGUGCUGGCCAAAGCAGGAGAUGCCCAACACCGUGCCGUACUCAACACAUUCCUGGCCCUCAGCUCGAGUGCCCUCACCACCUUCACGCUGUCAAGUUUGCUUAACAAAAACGGACGGAUAAGCCUGGUGCACCUGCAGAACGCUUCUUUGGCUGGUGGGGUAGCUGUUGGAAUUACUGCGGAUAUGAUGAUGACCCCACCUGGGGCAUUUGGCCUGGGAUGCUUGGCCGCUAUAUCUUGUGUCCUGGGUUUCCAGUACUUGUCCCCAUUCUUGGCCAAACGGCUCAAAGUACAAGAUCAAUGUGGCAUACACAACCUGCACGGCCUACCGGCUAUUGUCGGCACCCUCUGCAGCAUCAUCAUCAUCCUCUUCAGCCCCGCGGAGACCUCUGGCACAGACCUUCAUGAUAUGACCUAUCAGAACAACGGUCUGGAGCACAGAAACACGAUUCUAGAGGUUUUGGGGAAUGGAGGAGCGCCGGGAGCCAGACACAGAGCUCUGCAUCAGGCAGCGGCACUUGGGGUCACCUUUGGCAUUUCGCUGUUGGGGGGAUAUAUCACCGGUUUGUUUCUGAAGCUCCCCUGCGUUGUCCACCCUUCUCACGAAUUUUGCUUUGAUGACCAACCCUACUUCCAGCUCCCAAAAGACUCGGAAAAGAAAACGAAUUCAAAAGACAAGGAGCGUUUAUUAACGCAGGAAAAACAGGUUUAACUGGAAACCCCACCGGCUCGUAAAACGGCCACAAAAGACAAUUCUUUGUUUGCGUUUACUGGACCCCGCCGCAUUCUAAUUCAGGUACCAAGACGGGACCGUUUGGGACUGAAAGCUCUUUGAUUCCGCGUGGAAGAACCGUGUCUUUACUGCUACCAUGCUGAAAACACACAGAAAACAUGCUAACCGAAUCUGUAACCAGAAAUCAGACUGUAUGGAUAAGGAACGUAUGGGCCGUAUGGAUAAGGAACACAUGGAUAAGUAAGGUAUGGACUGUAUGGAUAAGGAACGCUGGCGACUUUCGAGCAAGAAACUCCUGAUCUGAGGAGAACCGCAUUCUGGAUAAAGUACGAUCGGGAAGCUGCGUCUUCAUAAUAUCCGGAAAGUGUUUAUUAGACCUUUUACUGCUAAUAAUGAUACAUAAAAUAAAUCAAUGGAAUGUUCAUACGUGCAAAUUAAAUGGCUUGCGUCUUGCUAA